UGACGCCGGUCGGUUUAGAGCAUCACAACAUUGUCUUACUGCUUUGUUCGAGGGACAGAAAGCAUCGUAUUUCUCUUCGAUGAAGAGUCUGUGAAACCAGGAAAUGUCCACCAUGGUGUAUCCACGCGAAGAAGCCCUCGAGCGACUUAGCCAGGAUGAGAUCGUGCUCAACACCAAGGCCGUCAUGCAGGGCCUGGAGACGCUGCGCGGCGAACACGCCCAGCUCCUUAACUCCCUGCUGGACUGUACACAGCCGCCCGUCGCUCAGGAGAAAUCAGGACUGCUGCGUAAGAGUUUGGAGGCCAUCGAGCUGGGACUGGGAGAGGCACAGGUGAUCAUCGCCCUAUCGGGCCACCUGAGCGCCGUGGAGUCAGAGAAGCAGAAGCUGCGCGCUCAGGUGCGUCGGCUCUGCCAGGAGAACCAGUGGCUGCGAGACGAGCUGGCGGGGACGCAGCACAAACUGCAGCGCAGUGAGCAGAGCGUGGCCCAGCUGGAGGAGGAGAAGAAGCACCUGGAGUUCAUGAACCAGAUCAAGAAGUUCGACGAUGACGUCUCACCCUCCGAGGAGAAGAGCCAGAGCUCCGGAGGGGGAGGCAGCGGCGGGGGUGCGGGAGAUGCUUCAAAGGACAGUCUGGACGACCUGUUCCCCAACGACGAUGACCAGGGUCCAGCCCAGCCCAGCGGCGAGGUGGCCGCCCAGCAGGGAGGCUACGAGAUCCCAGCCCGCCUCAGGACGCUGCACAACCUGGUGAUCCAGUACGCCUCUCAGGGCAGGUAUGAGGUGGCCGUGCCUCUCUGCAAACAAGCACUGGAGGACCUGGAGAAAACAUCCGGACACGACCACCCCGAUGUGGCCACCAUGCUGAACAUCCUGGCCCUCGUCUACAGGGAUCAGAAUAAAUACAAAGAGGCUGCUCACCUCCUGAACGACGCCCUGGCCAUCAGAGAAAAGACUCUGGGGAAGGACCAUCCAGCUGUGGCUGCCACCCUCAACAACCUGGCUGUUCUGUACGGAAAGAGAGGAAAAUACAAAGAGGCAGAACCUCUGUGUAAGAGAGCACUGGAGAUCAGAGAGAAGGUGUUGGGGAAGUAUCACCCAGAUGUAGCCAAGCAGCUGAACAACCUGGCCCUGCUGUGCCAGAACCAGGGCAAGUACGAUGAGGUUGAGUACUACUACAGACGGGCUCUAGAGAUCUACGAGUCCAAACUGGGAGCUGAUGACCCCAACGUGGCCAAGACCAAAAAUAAUUUGGCUACAUGCUACCUGAAACAGGGGAAGUUCAAAGAUGCAGAAGCCCUCUACAAAGAGAUUCUGACCAGGGCACACGAGAAGGAGUUUGGAUCAGUUAACAACGACAACAAGCCAAUCUGGAUGCACGCCGAGGAGAGAGAGGAGAGCAAGGGGAACCGCAAAGACUCCGGCCCGUAUGUGGAGUAUGGGAGCUGGUACAAGGCCUGUAAGGUGGACAGCCCAACAGUGAACACCACCCUGAAGAGUCUGGGGGCUUUGUACCGUCGUCAGGGCAAACUGGAGGCUGCAGAGACGCUGGAGGAGUGCGCCAGCAAGACACGCAAACAGGGUAUCGAUGCCAUCAACCAGAGUAAGGUGGUGGAGCUGCUGAAGGACGGAGGAGCCGGAGGGGCAGACAGACGACACAGCAGAGAGGGAAUCAACGGACCGGGGGGACAGAGGGGAGAGAAUGAGGGAGACGACUCUGCAGAGUGGAACGGGGAUGGUAACGGGUCUCUGCGUCGCAGCGGCUCCUUCGGGAAGAUCCGUGAUGCCCUGAGGAGGAGCAGCGAGAUGUUGGUGAAGAAGCUGCAGGGCAGCGGUCCACAAGAACCCCGAAACCCAGGAAUGAAGAGAGCCAGCUCACUCAACUUCCUCAACAAGAGCACCGAGGAGACCACACAGGACGCCAACUCCGGAUUCUCAGAGUGCAGGGGACUGAGCGCCAGCAACGUUGACCUAUCCAGACGCAGCUCCCUGAUCGGCUAGACGGCGGGACUGGGCAGAAAAAGAGCACGCCCAAUGAGGAGAGGCUGUUUGCAGCUGGGUUUGAUCCAACAAACACACCUUAAAGCUCAAACACCUUCACCUGCAGCAUAUUUUUUUAAAGACCACUGAAAAUAGAAGCACUAAACAUCAUCUUAUCCACAUGAUCGCUGCUGCUUCGCUGUACAAACCGCCUCCCUCCAUCACAACAGAAUAUUUAGAUACACACUUAUCAGCAUGCUGCUUUAUAGAAAGUGGAAUGUCUGCACCUGAACGCCUCAUGUUUUUGACUCAUAGCACUGUAGCGACGCGUCGUAGCCACAUCGUGAUGAGUCCGUCUCUUAGAUCCACACGUGCAGACGCUCAGAGAGAAGCAUCACUCUGUAUAUUCCACCUGUAGCAUGAAGAAUUAGCUGAUGCUAACCACAUAUUGGAUCCAUAUCAUAGCUGGUUGAAAACGGUAUGAUUGAUUUUAUCAAACAGAAAACAAGCAGUCUUUGAGGAUAGCACUGAACGUUUAAACCUCACUUUUGCCUUCUUGUUUUUAUGUAUAUACAGUUUUAAAUUAUUAUUUCAUAUUACAUUCUUUGUAUAUAGUGCACAUGUUUCUUUUUGUUUACACUCUACGGGGUAAAAGACGGCCUCAGAUUGAUGUUUUUCAAGAGGGAGGAGAGAGCAGGGAGAAAGAGAAAAGAAAGGAAAUGUUCAAAAAUGCUGGUACAUGUCUUACCUCAGUCACUGGAAUCAUUCUGUCUGGACCAAGUAAUGCACUUUGAGCAUAGUAGUACUGUUUCUGAUCGCUUAAAUAUCCACCGUUCAUAUCAAUGCCAGGACUGAGAGUCUGAGUAAAAAGCUGGAGAAGUUAACUUUGAAAUAAAGCCACAUAUCACUGUUCAAACCCAGCCUUUCCCCAUUACAGCGAAUCAAAUUAAACACCUUUAGGUACGAUUUGCAAUGAAAACCGUCGCAUUUUCAGGCUUUUACCAAUCAGUAACAAGUCUGGAUCUAAUAAAGUAAAAUGCUGUGAUAGAAAUGUUUAAAUGUGAUUUGUUUACAAUCAUUAAAUCAAUAAAAGAUACUACCUUAAUCAAUGAUUUAAAGCUGAUGCAGUGCAUUAGCUACAUAUCAUUUCUUGCUUUUUACCUCUUAAUUUUUGCAGAAUGUGUAAAGAAAUCCAUGUUUUGUUUUUCCAUGCUGACCUAUCAGACGUCAUCAGUCAUAAUCAAACAAUCACAGAAAUCCGACUGAUGAUAGAUUCAUCUCUGUGAAUGUCAUCCCACUGAUGCUUUUCCUGCUCCAGCUCUGAGCUUUUUAUUUAAAAAGACACUGCAAGAUGAUCAUUUGAAUGUUGAAUUUUGUCUUCUGUCGAGUCAUUGACACUGGAGUCUUUUUUGUUGUUUUGUUUGCAAUUCAGGAGCGAAACUCCACCAAAAUGUCACCAAUACCAAGAGAAGUGUCCGCAGAAUGUACAUGUCAUGUGGCGAUCAGACUCGGUGAUACGCGACUCAAACUGUCAAAGAACCACCGUUUUCUUUGCUUUCUCUGUAAGUUGUUCUCAAGCUUACUCUUAAACUUUUUAAAGCAAAAAAGCCAGAAAAAGUCGGUACUUUGCAGCUUGAUCCAUAAAUGAUGAGACGCCGGUUUCUAAUGAAGGCAUUUGAUCAACGAUGGUGCGUGCACACCUUCACAGCUAUGCCGAAUGAAGCUGAAGUCGCCUCGUUAAAAUCAGCCCACUGAGUUGCAUCGCUGAGUCUGAAAAAGUGCUAACUCUUCUAUCAGCUUGUGAAUGUGCAAGAUGGCACCAGUCUUAGAUUGUGGAAUAACAAAGGAGUAAAGUAUGUUUAAAAAAAGAAAGACUUGGAAAGUUUUCUGCAGAAGGAAAUGUGCUUUAAGUGUCGUUCGCAGCAAAUAAUGUACAGAAUUAUACAACCUUUAUAUGUAUGUUUACUGUAUGUCACUUAGAAUAAUGGGAAAUUUCUCCAUACACUAUCUCAGAAUCAUAUAGUUGUGUAUAAAAUGCCUAGAAGCUACUUUUUCCAAUUCCCACUGUUUUAGUCAAUCCUUUAAUCAGCCACCUCUUCCACCCUGGUGAUUUUUUUCUGCAACUUCUCACAUGGUGUUCAUAACAAACUCCAUAAGUUCUCAGAAAUUUACAAAAUAAAACCAGAGAGAGCUUGAUAAGAUGUAAAUGUUGAUUUAAGGUUUCAAACCUGACAUUUCAAGAUAAAUGGAUCUUUUGUCUGUUCUGUUCAGAUAUUUAUAGAGUAUUUAAUGUUGCCGGAGUUUGUAAUCAUCUACUGCUGAUGAUCAGAGAGAUCUUAUUGUGAAGGGGCCAACCUAAUGUGUAUUUUAUGGAAGCUUCAAUAAAAUCA